CUGUCAAGUAAGACAUUGAUAAUCUCUAAUGACAUUUCAAUGUCUGUGCUCGGGUUAUGGUAGUGGCUGUCGACUCGAACAUCAGAUUUUAUUAAGUACUUUACAAGAAGAAAUCAAUAAUUUUAAUCAGGAUGUCAUUUAUGAAGACAAAUAUGCUGGUUCGAUCGUUGAGCACGUCUUCUGCCGCUGCUCAACUCGUGAAACCUCCUGUACAAGUUUUUGGUUUGGAGGGAAGGUAUGCUUCAGCCCUGUACUCCGCAGCUUCAAAAAGCAAGAGUUUGGAUGCUGUUGAAAAAGAAUUGAGUCAAUUCCAGAAAUCUAUUAAAUCAGAUCCUAAAGUCAAGGAAUUUAUCAUUAACCCAACUCUUAAGAGAAACCUAAAAGUUGAUGCUUUAAAACAAGUUGCUGUCAAGACCAACUUGUCUGCUACAACCAGCAACUUGUUAGGGUUAAUGGCCGAGAAUGGGCGUUUGGAUAAAUUGGAAGCUGUUAUAAAUGCUUUCAAAAUGAUGAUGGCCGCCCACCGUGGUGAGGUCACAUGCGAGGUGAUUACAGCCAAGCCUUUAGAUCCUGCACAGAAACAGAGCUUGGAAGCUGCUCUUAAGAAAUUCCUUAAAGGCAAUGAGACUCUACAACUCACAGCUAAAGUAGAUCCAUCUCUAAUUGGAGGUAUGGUUGUAUCAAUUGGUGACAAGUUUGUUGACAUGAGUGUUGCCAGCAAAGUAAAGAAAUACACCGAACUCAUCAGUAACGCUGUAUAAACUAAUAAUUUAUAAUCAUGUAGCCAUGGAAAUGUUGUUUAAAUAGUCAUGUUGUGCAAGUAAAAAUUCAAAAUAACAUGACAAAA